AUGGUUGGCGAGUUUGCACCUGCACGGGACUCUGGGAACAACACCUUUUGGAAGGAAUACACCGACGUCGCCUUUGUGAUGGCAAACAGCUUGAUCCUGGUGAUCACUUCUGUCGUGGGGAUUGCAGCGAAUAUUUUCGUGAUACUGGCAGUUUAUCACCAAAAGUCACUGCAAACGUGGAAUAACGCGCUGGUGGUGAAUCUGGCAGUUAUAGACAUACUGAGAUGUUUGAUUGACUGCCCCAUUCUGCUGACCAUCGUCAUGACUGUGUACCAAAGGAGACCUGUGGACGAGUUGAUCUGUGACACACAAGUGGCCUCUUUCUCUUUCAGCUGCUGCAUACAGCUCCUGACGCUGGCCUGUAUAAGCGCUGAGAGAUACCAGGCCAUCGCACAGCCCUUCAAAACCAGCCAAAGGCGAAUACGGGUGAUGGUGCUGAUUCCUGUUACGUGGACUACGGCUUUCGUGGUGGCUGUUUUUUGUCUGAUGUUUGUGAAGGACUCGCCUGUGCAUGUGAAAUGCAAAGGAUUACAGAGAGAAACGACAGCCUCUUAUGACACCUUCGGACUUUACAUGUUGUUCCCACUCUGGGCAGCUUGCUUCGGCGCCAUCAUUGGAUUUUACGCUCGCAUAUUUGCGCACGUCCGAUCCCAUAACCGCAAAAUAUUUGACAAAGGCAUUCUCCCGUCUUCGAAAAAGGACAAAACAGAAGACGAGCUGAAGACAGAAAAAAACGCAGCAGUAGAGAGUGGACAUGAAAAACCCAAGCAAGACCAGACCUUGAGCAGAAGUGCUGCUGAAGUGGAAGAAGUGACGAAAGCUGAACCUGACUCAUCCAAGAAAGAUUCAACAGCUGCUCUGCUGACCUCAACAAAAGCGCCGCAAUGUGUCUCCCUCGGUUCAGAGAAUAAAACAGAAUUAAAAAGUACUGUGGAGAUAACUGACUUGGAAACAGAACAACCCUGCCCUGCUGCAAUGCAGGCUGCAGUGCAGACCGAGGAGAAGCCUUUGAAAACAGAGCCGCCCAAUCCCUGUGCCAAGAAAGUUGAAUCCAAACUAUCAAAUGGAGAUGCUGUCGCUUGUGUUAGGAGCUCAAGCACAGAGCCACAGAAGGUGUCGUGCAAUUUCGACACAGAAAAGCAGUCCAAAGUGCGAGUGAAAAUCGACAAAGCACCCUCUGAAAUGAAAGAGAGCGGCCCUCAUGAAAACCCUGAGUCCACUUCUGUUUUACUGAUUGAGCCAAAACCCCCUAAGACCAACAACGGAGGGGGAGCGCUGCCAGUUGAUACAGUGGCUCAAGUGUCUUCAUUACCUGCGGCCUCGAGUAAUGUCCCCGAAGCAGAUGCUGCGAAAGACAUCGGGCAGGUUGAAGGCGCCGUGUGCAUGAUGCCUUCAAAAGCAAGUAGAGAGAGAGCGAGCAAGAAGAAGGAGAGCAGAAUGGCAAAGCGUGCCGGCUACAUAAUUGUGUCUUUCCUCUUGUUCUGGCUGCCACUGAUCACGACCAUCCUGGCGAAUUUCGUCGUGCACAAAAGCAAAAACACACAGAUAGCAAUCAUUUGGGACGUGGAGAUUCUGUCGGUGUCUAUCGCCUGCAUCACGUCACUGAGCGACCCAAUAAUAUACGCCGCGGUGAACCCUCAGUUUCGGACAGAGUUCUACAGGCUUAAAAGCAGGGUUGAAUCCAUAUUUAAUAAGAAGUGAUAACAUUUCCUCAUCUGUGUAAAUUGAGUCUCGAAAGACCAAAUGACCAUAUUCAACAUUCCGUUAUGCAACUGAAUAAUAAAAUGGUUAACAUUUGCAGAGUCAUUGUUCAAAUAUCUGCUAAAUUAAACCCCAGACGUCAAAGCGUGAACUUGUAUUUGGGUAGACGGAGCCUAUUAUUUUAUAUGCCGCUGCGUUAUAUAUUAGAUUUUUGUGCCUGCCGACGUCUCAGUAGAUACUAAACACCGCAGAGCAAGAGACGCGACACGCUGUGAGAGGCGGCCUGGACCAGCGCAAUCAGCUCAGCGGGAGGACGCUGCUGAGUUUUUUUUGUUUUGUUUUUUUCUUCCUGUCACACAAUCACAGAGGAGCUGCUCCUGUGUCUCCAAGGAGCCCACAGUCAGGACCCACCGCUGGGCCGGUCAGGUCCUCACAUGUCCUCCAGCAGGAGCAGCAGCAGCACCUCAUUAUUAUGUCAUCUGCUCAUUAGUGAUGCUCAUUGAGAAAUCAGGCAAAAACAUUAUGAAAUCCAUCUAACUGUGUUCUGGUAAAUUAAAAAAAAAAAAAAAAGACAUGGAUGUUUCAGUAGAGCUACAGUAUUUAUUCUAUCCACUGCACCAAAUGCACAAUGUAUGAUUAUUUUAGUCCCUCUUUUUCCUUACCCCCCCCCCCCCCCU